AGCGUUCAUGUCCCUCCUCCGCGCGGUGGUGCAAGCUGAGAUAUUGUUCGAAACGCCGCUCGCUGUUGUCAACAAUAUGUAUUAGUCAUUCAGCGACUUUCGAGAGACAAGGAGUCGGCCUCUCAAAUUGUUCCGCGAACGAAUGCCUUUAAAGAUCUAGAAAUGACGGUAGCCUGCAACAAGACCGACGCUCAGGGCAGCGGGGAUUCAUCAUCGAACCGCAUGAGAUGGCAACAGAACAGGACCGCCAUGGCCGAGCGGCAGAGCCAGGAAUGCGCCCGGAUUCAACGACUCAACAACGUUGUGGACAUAUCUUCGGAGGAGACAAUUCGGAAAAACGUCGCGGAAAUCGCUCGCAUCGCUUUCCCCUCUUGUGAUACAUCCAAGCUCUCUUACAAAGUCCUCACUGGAGGCUUGACGAAUAAGUUAUUCCUCUGCGAAUAUUCUCCCAGCGGACCGAAAUUCCUCUGUCGGAUAUAUGGGGAGAAAACGGAACAAUUCAUAGAUCGCGAGGCCGAAAUCCAAAACAUGCAUUUCCUGUAUAGCCAUGGCAUGGGACCAAGAGUACACUGCACUUUCCGGAAUGGCGUGUGCUACGAUUUCUUCCCCGGUCAGACGUUCGAUCUCGAAAUGGCAACAAAUCCAAAGUAUUCUUUUAAAAUAGCAGAGCAUAUGGCGCGUAUGCACACGAUCCCAUUGCUGCCCAGUCACGGAGAAAAGGCAAGAAUUGAAAGUAUGUUGGAUCAUUAUCUCAGCCUGGUGCCCUUAGAAACCAUUCAGUCUGCCGAAAAGAGAUUGGAAGUCGAAUUCAAGUGUGUGGACUUAAGACACGAGGUUUCUUCGAAUAAGAAGGUACUGCGGACCAUGGAGAGCGCCGUCGUGUUCUGCCACAACGAUCUCUUACCGAAAAAUAUUCUCCUGGGCAAUAAUGACGAGAUAUACUUCAUCGAUUACGAAUACGCAUCCAGCAACUAUCAGGCAUUCGACAUCGGCAAUUACUUCACCGAAUUCGGGGGUCAAGAAUCAUACGAUCGGAGUUUGUACCCUGGGAAGGAUUGGCAACUUCGUUGGAUAAGAAGCUACCUCACAGAAUACCAUCGCCUCAGAGGCACCGGACCUCCGUCAGACACUGAAAUCGAGACCAUGUACAUUGAAGUUAACAAAUUGGCUUUGUCGUCGAUGUUGCUCUGGGGAAUCUGGGCCUUGAUACAAGCCGCGAACUCGACGAUCGAUGUUGAUUUCGUGGGAUUCGCAAUCUUACGGUUGGGGAUGUACUUUUACAAGAGAGACGAGUUCCUAGCUUUAUAAUUGAUCGACCUGACCUGGCUCGAGACUAAUAUGACACCAUCCCGGUUCCCGUUCGAACUUAAACCCGUGGGGCACCUCGGAUCAAGCGGUAUCAUUAUCAACAGAAAAUGGGCCAAGGAGAAGAAUUUCACGGUGCAAACUCUCAAACUCUCUAGACCGCAAUAUCGCGGUGGAUGUCACCGCGACUGCUUUCGAAAAUUCAAUAUCAUUGUCCUUCAUACUU